UUUCUGCCCACACCCUGCCAGUCUCUCACUUCUUGAACUUCAAAUUCCUUUUUUUUUUUUCCCCACACACAUACACAUUCAUAGACGUUAAUCAUCUAGAAUGUCCCGCCUCAAUAAAUGCUAUUUUUGACUUCUGAUAUUCUUUCUAUUCUGCAAAGGGCUUGAGUCCCCCCUGAAACUUUUGAAAAUACUGCUGGAAUGAGGAAAAGUUACAGCUGCGACUCACUGCUUAGCCGGUAGAACGGCGCCACGACCAGUUCCUAAAGGGAAGUGCAGACUGGACAGUCACGUGACAGGGGCCGAGCCCUCCAAGAGCAGGUGAGGCAGGUGGGUCCCGACUCCGCGCAACUCUGCGGGGCAGAGGCGCGCGGCGGCCAUUUUGAGGGGCGGUCACGUGAGAGGACGUACGCUCAGCGGGGCGCUCACGUGACCAGGGGCGUGCUGCGGCCGCCCGGGCGGACCCGGCGAGAGGCGGCGGCGGGAGCGGCGGUGAUGGACGGGUCCGGGGAGCAACCCAGAGGCGGGGGGCCCACCAGCUCUGAGCAGAUCAUGAAGACAGGGGCCCUUUUGCUUCAGGGUUUCAUCCAGGAUCGAGCAGGGCGAAUGGGGGGAGAGACACCCGAGCUGGGCUUGGAGCAGGUGCCCCAGGAUGCAUCCACCAAGAAGCUGAGCGAGUGUCUGAAGCGCAUUGGAGAUGAAUUGGACAGUAACAUGGAGCUGCAGAGGAUGAUCGCAGCCGUGGACACAGACUCUCCCCGAGAGGUCUUUUUCCGAGUGGCGGCUGAAAUGUUUUCCGACGGCAACUUCAACUGGGGCCGGGUUGUCGCCCUUUUCUACUUUGCCAGCAAACUGGUGCUCAAGGCCCUGUGCACCAAGGUGCCCGAGUUGAUCAGGACCAUCAUGGGCUGGACAUUGGACUUCCUUCGAGAGCGGCUGCUGGGCUGGAUCCAGGACCAGGGUGGUUGGGGCUGCCCCUUGGCUGAGUCGCUGAAGUGCCUGCUGUCCCUGUCCCCAGGACGGCCUCCUCUCCUACUUUGGGACACCCACAUGGCAGACGGUGACCAUCUUUGUGGCUGGAGUGCUCACCGCCUCGCUCACCAUCUGGAAGAAGAUGGGCUGAGGCCAUCAACUGCCUUGGACUUUUUCUGCAUAAAUUAUGGCAUUUUUCAAGGGGGGGAGGUGGAUUUGGGGGCCAUGGGAGUUUUUCUUACUUUUGUAAUUAUUGGGGUGGGGCAGGGUAGGGAGGAGUGGUCUUGGGGGGGGUGGGCGCAAUAAACCUCUUUCGGACCACACUUUGGAGUCUGAGUCACUGGGCCCGCUUCCUGGCUGUCGCAGGAGACCAGGCUUCAUGCGCUGACCCAUCUUUUUCUGAGGGUAACCAGUGCCCUCUGUGGGUCAGCGGUGAGUUAAAUCGUGGCUCUUCCCUCAAGGAGCCCACAGUCCUGAGGGGAACCGAGGCGACUUGAGUCACCCGUGUCCUUGUCACAGCCCAGGGUGUUGUGUUGGAGGCAGCCCUGGGCCAGGCCCCAGCCUGACAGAGGCUGGUGGGUGUGGAGGUCAGGGCAGCAGAGUGCAAAGCAGGCCUCCUGAACCCUAGGAACUAGGGCCCGGAAGCUUCCACAUGGGACUACAGAAAGUUGUACAUUUACUGAGGAGGAGAAUUGGGGAAGAAGCAGGUGUGCAGGCCUCGGGAGGACAGGGGUAGGGCUCAGGCCUUUUGGGAAAGCCCUUGGAGGUUGGAUGGCUGAGGAGGCUGAGAAGGUCCAAGGGAGGCUCUGGAGGAGGCCUGAACAAGAAUUGUCUGGGUGGAGGAGGGACAGGAGCAGAGAUUGACAGGUUUUGGGGGGAGGAGUCUGGGGUCUGGCCCUGUGCCUUCCAGACAGGAGUCAGCCUGUGGGAAGAUGCUGAGCUCAGGAAGAGCCACUGGCCGGCCAGUGGCUAAGACUGUGCCAAUACAGGGGGCUAGGUUCAAUCCUUUAUCAGGGAACUAUUAAUAGAUCCCAAACUAAAAGAUCUCUCUGCUGAAACAAAGAUCCUGUGUCGUCAACUAAGACCUGGUGUAGCCAAGCAAUUAGUUUUCUUUUAAAAGGACUUCCCCGGUGGUCCAGUGGUUAAGACUCCACCAGCCAAUGCAGGGAACGUGGGUUCAAUCCCUGCUCUGGGACGAUUCCACAGCCCUAAACCUGUGAGCCGCAACUACUCAAAGCUGUGCUCUAGAGCCCGUUCUCCACAAGAGAAGUUACCCCAAUGAGAAGCCCGCACACAACUAGAGAGUAGCCCCCACUUGCCACAGCUAGAGAAAGCCCACAUGCAGCCAGGGAGACCCAGCACAGCCAAAAAUAAACGAAUAUGAUUUUUAAAAAGAAGGGGAAUCUGAAAAGAGGAUUACGGAGAAUAAGGUCACUGGGAUAGUCAGAGUUGGUUGUCAUCUCUCUGGCUCUCUGUCCCCCUCUGUGUCUGUCUUUGCCUUUCUCUGAGGCCCCCUGUCUCUCUGUCCCUGUCUCCCUGGGUCUCCAGUCUUCCCUCAUCCCCCAAAUCCCUCUCCAACAGUCCUGCUUCAGAUCACCUUUAUCACACCCUUCCUCUCCCUCCACCUGGGAGCACUUUCCAGGUCACUGCUCCUUUAGGCUGAGGCUAAAGGUCUUUGGGCUGAGGUAUGCAAUUUGGUGAAUGAAUAACUCAGGCCCCAUUGUGACUGUGUGCCUGGGGCAACUGCCCCUCCCCCACAGGCUUUCCUCGGAGACACCCAGAGAGGAGAGAGAUGGAGGUCUGAAAAAGUAGCUGUAAGGGGAGACUGAGUCACCGCCCAGAGAGAGGGGACAAUAUGGACACAGGCAGGAGCCCAGGGAAAUCAUCAAGGGAACUAAAAAGACAGUAAGACUCAGAGACAAAGCACACUCAGGGCAGCACCUUGGGGGAGGCGGCCAGACUUGGGUCCCAGCCAGACUGCAGUACACCCCCCAGGAGAUGAGGUCAGUGAGCCGGCCUCACCCGGCCCCCCCUGCCGGAGCCCCUUCCGGAGCUGAGUUCAGCAUGACUCAGCACAGUUGCUAGUCUGGCUAUGGGCCAAGACACCCCUUGAGGACCCCAGAUACCAGCCUGACUGGCCUCCCCCUGAUCAAGGGGUACCCUGCCCAAGUUGCCUGGAGAAACUUCUCUGCCAGGAGGGGCCCUGACCUCUGCCCCCAACACCCCUGCGGCCUCAGCUUUCUGCCCCAGCCCUCCAGCUGCCUUCAUUAGGGCACUUACAGAGGGUCAGAUUCUGGUCUUUGUUUCUCCUUUUCCCCCAACAAUGGGGAGCUCCUUGAGGGCAGAGUCCUGUUGUGAACCAGAUCUGCCACACAGGCACCAGCCUGGCCCAGAUAUACUUUAAAAACGUCCAUUGGUUGAAGACAGACAUCCAUCCACAGGUUCCCAGGCCCUUCUUGUUUACCCAGGAACCAGGGCUUCUCUGUGAUCUUGAAGAAUGUGUCAGGCAAGACAGGGACAACUUCAGAGAGGUUACUUCAGAGCCAAAAAAGAAUUCUGUUUCUGGCUGCCUCAAAAUAAUCUUCGGGAAAUCCAGUCUCAGAGAGAACCACCCCCUACAAAGUUCCAGUUCACCCCCUCCCAAACUCAGUUCCCAGAAAUAAAAAGAGAGGCUCCUAAAAUAGCCCCUAGGUUUUCCUAGUGGCCCAGACUUAUCUUCCCAGGGCUCCAAAGGAUUCUCCAAGACUCCUGACCUCUUUAAAAAGCCCUUACAAGGCUUUUAGAAACAUUUCCUCCCCUCCCCACUCUGGGGCUGAACCCCAGGCCUCUACAGCUGUAUUCUUAAUCUUGCAGAUCACCUCCAGGGUCUAAAGACCUUCCCCAGGAAGUUUCCAGAAAAAUAUGGACUUCCACUGAACUCUAGAGCUGCAGAAACUCCCCCCGACUUUUGAACCCCAAGGCUCCAGGUCCUUGGGGUUCCAGAAAUAUGAUCUCACAGUUUUCCAAACUUCUCACUGCUCCGGGGACCUUCUUAUCUCCCAGAGCAAUUUCCAGUCUUCUGGAGGUUUCCGCACCUCUAAAGAACCCCCGGGGUUCCAGUAACGUCCAUGCUCUGACACGCCAGAAUCCAGCUUACUUUCCUGAGACACCCCGGGGGACCCAGGGAUCAUUACUUUGCAGGGCUCCCAGUGUCUUCAUUAAUUGUUCACCUAUCAGCGAGACCCCUCCAGAAUCCCUUGGAUUCCCAGAAUUAGCCCCCAAACCUUUGCAUACUGCGAAAACCCCCCAGCCCCCCAAUUCCCAUUUCACAACUCCCUCCUGGUACAGGCGCGUGACUUUCCCACCUCGGGGCGGGGAGCUGGAAGCCCCAUCUGCUCCUGAUUGGUCACUCGCGGGCACUAGGUCCCGCCUCCCGCCACCGCAGAUUGGCCGACCGCUCUCCCUGACCGCCCCACUUCCGAGGGCCCGCGCGCUAUAAAAGAAGCCGCCUUGUCCACAGGCUUUUGAAGUGCGCUCGGCGGCCCCGCGGAUCUGUCUCUUGCUUCAACAGUGCUUGGACGG